AUGACCCUGCCCCAUUCUCCCGCAAUCCAUCACCCCGCCCCAUUCUCCCGCUUUCCAUCACCCCGCCCCAUUCUCCCUCCUUCCAUCACCCCGCUUAAUUUUCCCUCCUUCCAUCACCCCGCACCAUUCUCCCGCCUUCCAUCACCCCGCCCCAUUCUCCCGCUUUCCAUCACCCCGCCCCAUUCUCCUUCCUUCCAUCACCCUGCCCCAUUCUCCCGCUUUCCAUCACCCCGCCCCAUUUUCCCGCUUUCCAUCACCCUGCCUCAAUCUCCCUCUUUCCAUCACCCAACCCCAUUCUCCCUCCUUCCAUCACCCUGCCCCAUUCUCCUGCCUUCCAUCACCGUGCCCCAUUCUCCCGCUUUCCAUCACCCCGCCCUAUUCCUGUUUUCCAUCACCUCGCUUCAUUCUCCUGUUUUCCAUCACCCCGCCCUAUUCUCCCGCUUUCCACCACCCCGCCCCAUUCUCCCGCUUUCCAUCACCCCGCCCCAUUCUCCCGCUUUCCAUCACCCCACCCCAUCCUCCCACCUUCCAUCACCCCGCCCCAUUCUCCCUCCUUCCAUCACCCCGAACCAUUCUCCCGCUUUCAAUCACCCUGCCCCAUUCUCCCGCUUUCCAUCACCCGCCCCAUUUUCCCGUUUUCCAUCACCCCGCCCCAUUCUCCUGCUUUCCAUCACCUCGCCCCAUUCUCCUUGCUUCCAUCACCCCACCCCAAUCUCCCUCCUUCCAUCACCCCGCCCCAUUCUUUCGCUUUCCAUCACCCCGCCCCAUUCUCCCGCUUUCCAUCACCCCGCCCCAUUCUCCCGCUUUCCAUCACCCCGCCCCGUUCUCCCGCUUUCGAUCACCCCGCCCCAUUCUCCCGCUUUCUAUCACCCUGCCCCAUUCUCCCGCUUCCCAUCACCCCGGCCCAUUCUCCCGCUUUCCAUCACGCCGCCCCAUUCUCCUGCUUUCCAUCACCCCGCCCCAUUCUCCCUCCUUCCAACACCCCGCCUCAUUCUCCCGCUUUCCAUCACCCCGCCCCAUUCUCCCGCUUUCCAUAACCCCGCCCCAUUCUCCCGCUUUCCAUCACCCAGCCACAUUCUCCCACUUUCCAUCAGCCCGCCCCAUUCUCCCUCCUUCCAUCGCCCUGCCCCAUUCUCCCUCCUUCCAUCACCCCGCCCCAUUCUCCCUCCUUCCAUCACCCUGCCCCAUUUUCCCGCUUUCCAUCACCCUGCCCCAUUCUCCCGCUUUCCAUCAACCUGCCCCAUUCUCCCGCUUUCCAUCACCCCGCCCGAUUCUCCCUCCUUCCAUCACCCCACCCCAUUCUCCCGCUUUCCAUCACCCCGCCCCAUUCUCCUGCUCUCCAUCACCCCGCCCCAUUCUCCCGCUUUCCAUCACCCCUCCCCAUUCUCCUGCUUUCCAUCACCCUGCCCCAUUCUCCCUCCUUUCCAUCACCCCGCCCCAUUCUCCCGCUUUCCAUCACCCCACCCCAGUCUCCCGCUUUCCAUCACCCUGCCCCAUUCUCUCGCUUUCCAUCACCCCACCCCAUUCUCCCGCUUUCCAUCACCCCGCUCCAUUCUUCCGCAUUCCUUCACCCCUCCCCAUUCUCCCGCUUUCCAUCACCCCGCCCCAUUCUCCCACUUUCUAUUACCCCACCCCAUUGUCCCGCUUUCCAUCACUCCGCCCCGUUCUCCCUCCUUUUAUCACCCCGCCCCAUUCUGCCGCUUUCCAUCACCCCGACCCAUUCUCCCACUUUCCAUCACCCCGCCCAAUUCUCUCGAUUUCCGUCACCCUGCCCCGUUCUCCCUCUUUCCGUCACCCCGCCCCAUUCUCCCGCUUUCCAUCAUCCCGCCCCAUUCCCCCGCUUUCCAUCACCCCGCCCUAUUCUCCCUCUUUCCAUCACCCCGCCCCAUUCUCCCGCUUUCCAUCACCCCACCCCACUCCCGCUUUCCAUCACCCCGCCCCAUUCUCCCGCUUUCCAUCACCCCGCCCCAUUCUCCCGCUUUCCAUCACUCCACCCCAUUCUCCCGCUUUCCAUCACCCCGCCCCAUUCUCCCGCUUUCCAUCACCCCGCCCCAUUCUCCCUCCUUCCAUCACCCCGCCUCAUUCUCCCUCCUUCCAUCACCCCGCCCCAUUCUCCCGCUUUCCAUCACCCCGCCCCAUUCUCCCGCUUCCCAUCACCCCGCCCCAUUCUCCCGCUUUCCAUCACCCCGCCCCAUUCUCCCGCAUUCCAUCACCCUGCCCCGUUCUCCCGCUUUCCAUAACCCCGCCCCAUUCUCCUGCUUUCCAUCACCCCGCCACAUUCUCCCACUUUCCAUCACCCUGCCCCAUUCUCCCUCCUUCCAUCACCCGCCCCCUUCUCCCUCCUUCCAUCACCCCACCCCAUUCUCCCUCCUUCCAUCACCCCGCCCCAUUCUCCCGCUUUCCAUCAACCUGCCCCAUUCUCCCGCUUUCCAUCACCACGCCUCAUUCUCCCGCUUUCCAUCACCCCGCCCCAUACUCCCACUUUCCAUCACCCCGCCCCAUUCUCCCGCUUUCCAUCACCCCGCCCCAAUCUCCCUCCUUCCAUCACCCCGCCCCAUUCUCCCGCUUUCCAUGACCCCGCCCCAUUCUCCCGCAAUCCAUCACCCCGCCCCAUUCUCCCGCUUUCUAUCACCCCGCCCCAUACUCCCGCUUUCCAUCACCCCGCCCCAUUCUCCCUCCUUCCAUCACCCCGCUUCAUUUUCCCUCCUUCCAUCACCCCGCACCAUUCUCCCGCCUUCCAUCACCCCGCCCCAUUCGUCCGCUUUCCAUCACCCCGGCCCAUUCUCCCGCUUUCCAUCAUCCCGCCCCAUUCUCCCGCUUUCCAUCACCCCAACCCAUUCUCCCGCUUUCCAUCACCCCGCCCCAUUCUCCUCCCUUCCAUCACCUUGCCCCAUUCUCCCGCUUUCCAUUACCCCGCCCCAUUCUCCCGCUUUCCAUCACCGCGCCCCAUUCUCCCGCUUUCCAUCACCCCGCCCCAUUCUCCCGCUUUCCAUCAACCCGUCCCAUUCUCCCGCUUUCCAUCAUCCCGCCCCAUUCUCCUGCUUUCCAUCACCCCGCCCCAUUCUCCCGCUUUCCAUCACCCCACCCCAUUCUCCCGCUUCCCAUCACCCCGCCCCAUUCUCCCGCUUUCCAUCACCCCGCCCCAUUCUCCCUCCUUCCAUCACCCCGCUCCAUUCUCCCUCCUUCUAUCACCCCGCCCCAUUCUCCCUCCUUAAAUCACCCCACCCCAUUUCCCUGGCUUCCAUCUCCCCGCCACAUUCUCCCGCUUUCCACCACCCCGCCCCAUUCUCCCGCUUUCCAUCACCCCGCCCCAUUCUCCCGCUUUCCAUCACCCCGCCCCAUCCUCCCACCUUCCAUCACCCCGCCCCAUUCUCCCUCCUUCCAUCACCCCGCCCCAUUCUCCCUCCUUCCAUCACCCCGCCCCAUUCUCCUGGGUUCCAUCACCCCGCCACAUUCUCCCGCCCCCAUCUCCCGCUUUCCAUCACCCCGCCACUUUCUCCCACUUCACCCCGCCCCAUUCUCCCUCCUUCCAUCACCCCGCCCCAUUCUCCCGCUUUCCAUCAACCUGCCCCCUUCUCCCGCUUUCCAUCACCCCGUCCCAUUCUCCCGCAUUCCAUCACCCCGCCCCAUUUUCCCGAUUUCCAUCACCUCGCCCCAUUCUCCUUGCUUCCAUCACCCCGCCCCAAUCUCCCUCCUUCCGUCCCAUUCUCCCGCUUUCAAUCUCCCCGCCCCAAUUCUCCCUCCUCCCAUCACCCUGCCCUAUUCUCCCGCUUUCCAUCACCCUGCCCCAUUCUCCUGCUUCCCAUAACCCCACCCCAUUCUAACGCUUUCCAUCACCCCGCCACAUUCUCCCACUUUCCAUCAUCCCGCCCCCUUCUCUCUCCUUCCAUCACCCUGUCCCAUUCUCCCGCUUUCCAUCACCCCGCCCCAUUUUCCCGUUUUCCAUCACCCUACCCCAUUCUCCUGCUUUCCAUCACCCCGCCCCAUUCUCCCGCUUUCCACCACCCCGCCACAUUCUCCCGCUUUCCAUCACCCCGCCCCAUUCUCCCGCUUUCCAUCACCCCACCCCAUCCUCCCACCUUCUAUCACCCGCCCCAUUCUCCCUCCUUCCAUCACCCCGCCCCAUUCUCCCGCUUUCCAUCACCCCGCCCCAUUCUCCCGCUUUCCAUCACCCCGCCCCAUUCCUCUGCUCUCCAUCACCCCGCCCCAUUCUCCCGCUUUCAAUCACCCCGCCCCGUUCUCCCGCUUUCCAUCACCCCGCCCAAUUCUCCCGCUUUCCAUCACCCCGCCCCAUUCUCCCGCUUUCCAUCACCCCGCCCCAUUCUCCCUCUUUCCAUCACCCCGCCCCAUUCUCCCUCCUUCCAUCACCCUGCCCCAUUCUCCGCUUCCCAUAACCCCAGCCCCAUCUCCCGCUUUCCAUCACCCCGCCACAUUCUCUCACUUUCCAUCACCCCGCCCCAUUCUCCCUCCUUCCAUCACCCCGCCCCAUUCUCCCUCCUUCCAUCACCCCGCACCAUUCUCCCGCUUUCCAUCUCCCCGCCCCAUUCUCCCGCUUUCCAUCACCCCGCCCCAUUCUCCCGCUCUCCAUCACCCCGCCCCAUUCUCCCUCCUUCCAUCACCCCGCCCCAUUCUCCCGCUUUCUAUCACCCCGCCCCAUUCUCCCUCCUUCCAUCACCCCGCCCCAUUCUCCCGAUUUCCGUCACCCCGCCCCAUUCUCCCUCUUUCCAUAACCCCGCCCCAUUCUCCCGAUUUCCAUCACCCCGCCCCAUUCUCCCGCUAUCCAUCACCCCGCCCAAUUCUCCCACUUUCCAUCACCCCGUCCCAUUCUCCCGUUUUCCAUCACCCCGCCCCAUUCUCUCGCUUUCCAUCACCCCGCCUUAUUCUCCCGCUUUCCAUCACCCCGCCCCAUUCUCCCGAUUUCCAUCACCCCGCCCCAUUCUCUCGCUUUCCAUCACCUCGCCCCAUUCUCCCGCUUUCCAUCACCCCGCCCCAUUCUCCCGCUUUCCAACACCUCGCCCCAUUCUCCCGCUUUCCAUCACCCCGCCCCAUUCUCACUCUUUCCAUCACCCCGCCCUAUUCUCCCUCUUUCCAUCACAACGUCCCAUUCUCCCGCUUUCCAUCACCCCGCCCCAUUCUCCCUCUUUCCAUAACCCCGCCCCAUUCUCCCGCUUUCCAUCACCCCGCCCCAUUCUCCCUCUUUCCAUCACCCCGCCCCAUUCUCCCUCUUUCCAUCACCCCGCCCCAUUCUCCCGCUUUCCAUCACCCCGCCCCAUUCUCCCUCUUUCCAUAACCCCGCCCCAUUCUCCCGCUUUCCAUCACCCCGCCCCAUUCUCCCUCUUUCCAUCAACCCGCCCCAUUCUCCCGCUUUCCAUCACCCCGCCCCAUUCUCCCUCUUUCCAUAACCCCGCCCCAUUCUCCCGCUUUCCAUCACCCCGCCCCGUUCUCCCGCUUUCCAUCACCCCGCCCCAUUCUCCCGCUUUCCAUCACCCCGCCCCAUUCUCCCGCUUUCCAUCACCCCGCCCCAUUUUCCCUCUUUCCAUCACCCCGCCCCAUUCUCCCGCUUUCCAUCACCCCGCCCCAUUCUCCCGCUUUCCAUCAUCCCGCUCCAUUCCCCAUUCUCCCUCUUUCCAUCACCCCGCCCCAUUCUCCCGCAUUCCAUCACCCCGCCCCAUUUUCCCUCGUUCCAUCACCCCGCUCCAUUCUCCCGCUUUCCAUCACCCCGCCCAAUUCUCCCUCUUUCCAUCACCCCUCCCCAUUCUCCCUCUUUCCAUCACCCCGCCCCAUUCUCCCGCUUUCCAUCACCCCGCCCCAUUCUCCCUCUUUCCAUCACCCCGCCCCAUUCUCCCUCUUUCCAUCACCCCGCCCCAGUCUCCCGCUUUCCAUCACCCCGCCCCAUUCUCCCACUUUCCAUCACCCUGCCCCAUUCUCCCGCUUUCCAUCACCCCGCCCCAUUCUCCCUCUUUCCAUCACCCCGCUCCAUUCCCCCGCUUUCCAUCACCCCGCCCAAUUCUCCCUCUUUCCAUCACCCCUCCUCAUUCUUCCUCUUUCCAUCACCCCGCCCCAUUCUCCCGCUUUCCACCACCCCGCUCCAUUCUCCCGCUUUCCAUCACCCCGCCCAAUUCUCCCGCUUUCCAUCACCACGGCCCAUUUUCCCUCUUUCCAUCACCCCGCCCCAUUCUCCCGCUUUCCAUCACCCCACCCCAUUCUCCCGCUUUCCAUCACCCCGCUCCAUUCUCCCGCUUUCCAUCACCCCGCCCAAUUCUCCCUCUUUCUAUCACCCCUCUCCAUUCUCCCUCUUUCCAUCACCCCGCCCCAUUCUCCCGCCUUUCAUCACCCCGCCCCAUUCUCCCGCUUUCCAUCACCCCGCCCAAUUCUCCCGCUUUCCAUCACCCCGCCCCAUUCUCCCUCUUUCCAUCACCCCUCCCCAUUCUCACGCGUUCCAUCACCCCACCCCAUUCUCCCUCUUUCCAUCACUCCGCCCCAUUCUCCCGCUUUCCAUCACCCCGCCCCAUUCUGCCUCUCUCCAUCACCCCGCCCAAUUCUCCCACUUUCCAUCACCCCAUCCCAUUCUCCCGUUUUCCAUCACCCCGCCAAAUUCUCUCGCUUUCCAUCACCCCGCCUUAUUCUCCCGCUUUCCAUCACCCCGCCCCAUUCUCCCGAUUUCCAUCACCCCGCCCCAUUCUCCGCAUUCCAUCACCCCGCCCCAUUCUCCUGAUUUCCAUCACCCCGCCCAUAGAGAUAGGCGCCCCUAGAGAUAGGCGCCACUAG